CGUCCAAGGCCCGGCAACCACCCUCUCCUCCACCUUUUACGGAGAAAGAAAUAGAAAGGACAACUUGGGUAACAAAACUUAAGGUCAAACGAACUAUUAACCUUUUUUUCUCUCUUCUUUCCUCUAUAUAACUCCAUCACAGCCCAGCUAUACCCUUCCCCCCUUCCCCUCUCUCUUCCUCCUCUUAAGCUUUUCCUUACCUAACCACUGGUCUGUUCUCUUUCUCUUACGUAGUAAUUGCUAGGAAACACCUUACUUGUUGAUCAAAUUCGUGUCUGUUUGCUAAUUUGCUUCGGCUCUUAGCUGUUGGUGCUUGUAACUCGAGUAAGAAAAGCUGUGACGGUUGUUGAUGGAGAGUGAGUACUUUUUCAAUGCAGGAGUCCCUCCACAAGCAUUGCUCUUUGAACCAACCUCAACCUCUUCAUUGAUGCCAAUUUGGCAAUCCCUCUCAUCUCCCAUGGAAAUGCAAGAUAAUUGCUCAGCCCGCCGCUUGUUCAAUUCCAACUGGGAAAAGUCAACGGAUCACAGUCCUCACUUUGAGUCUUCCCUGAGCUCAAUGGUGUCCUCUCCAGGAGUAUCAAACUGUAACGUGUCCAAUGAGAGCUUUAUGGCCAGAGAACUGAUAGGAAAGCUAGGAAACAUUGACAACAGCAUCAACCCUGGUGAGAUCUCACCGCAUUCUCAGCCAAUGUUGGCAGCUUCAUAUAUUACAGCUGCCAAUAACAGUGCCAACACCUCAUGCUAUACUACUCCUUUGAAUUCACCACCCAAGCUGAAGAUGCCUGCCAUGGAUCAAUUUUCGAAAGAGCAUUCGAAUAUCCCCAGUUUGGGAAAACCAAUGGGUUUGAAUUCCAGUGUGGCAGAAUUCACAGCUGAUCCGGGAUUUGCCGAGAGAGCUGCAAAGUUCUCUUGCUUUGGCAGCAGGAGUUUCAAUGGCAGAAUCAGCCAGUUGGGGCUAAACAAUGCUGAAAUGGCUAAUGGAUGUAAUCCAUUGAUGGGAAAUGGCAAGUUGGCGCGUGUUGCGAGUAGUCCUUUACUCAAGGCAGUGGGAUCUCAAAAGGGUAACAAGAGUACUCCAUUGCAGGAUCGAUCCGAAUUGACAAAUUCUCAGGAGUCCUCUGUAUCUGAACAAAUUCCAAGUGGGGAGGCAGGUUUAAAGGUCUCCAAUGAGUUAAAUUCCAGGAAAAGAAAAGCACUUUCUAAGGGAAAAGCAAAACAAUCAGCAUCAAACCCACCAGCCAAUGCUACGAAGGAUGCAGAAACUGAUGAUAAUUCAAACACGAAAAGAAUCAAGCCAAAUGAAGGAGAAGAGAACGAAAAUAGUUCUGUUAAAGCAGAGGAAGAGCCAAAGGGCAGCGGAGAGGAUAUCCAAAACAAGGCCAAUUCAAAGCCUCCUGAGCCUCCUAAGGACUACAUUCAUGUUAGAGCAAGGAGGGGUCAAGCAACUGAUAGCCAUAGCCUUGCUGAAAGAGUUCGAAGAGAGAAAAUCAGUGAACGAAUGAAGCUUCUCCAAGAUCUUGUGCCUGGUUGCAAUAAGGUCACAGGAAAAGCCCUUAUGCUUGAUGAAAUCAUAAAUUACGUGCAGUCAUUGCAACGGCAAGUUGAGUUCCUCUCUAUGAAGUUGGCUUCUGUGAAUACCAGGCUGGAUUUUAACAUGGACACUCUCAUUUCAAAAGAUAUGUUCCAAUCAAGCCAACCAUUGCCCCAUCCAAUAUUUCCAUUAGAUUCCUCGGCACCGGCAGCAAUAUUUAGCCACCAACAGCAGCAAAAUCCACCACUGCAUAGCAAUAUUUCUAAUGGGGCAGUGACCCACUGCUCUGUGGACCAAUUAGAUACCACUGGACUGUGCCAAAACCUCAAUGCUCAGUUACCCCCGCUUGAUGGAUUUACCCAAAAUGCUCAUCAGUAUCCAACAUUCUGUGAAGAUGACCUGCAGACCAUUGUUCAGAUGGGUUAUGGCCAGAAUCCAAACCUGGAAACAUUUCUGCCACAAAAUUUCCAUGGUUCAAAUCAAGUAUCCCACAUGAAAAUUGAGCUCUAAUCACCAUUCUUCAGUUCAAAAUUCAGAAGUCCAGAAGGAGAGAAAGGGCGCUGUACAUACAAGAAAUCUUAUAUGGACCAACCCAGGAAUCACUAAGCAAUUUUAUCAUUAGGUUGAUGAGGAAGAAUUUUUUUUUUCCCCAUGAUUUUACAUAUUCCUGAUUUUUUCCCCCCCUCAAGAUCCUUUUUUUCAAGUUUCUUGGAAGUAUCCACUGUAAAAUCCUAGCCUAGCUCUUAUGUAUCUUGGUGCCAAGUCUUGCAGCACCAGAUUUGAUGUAAGAUACGAUUCUAAUUAGUAAAUGAAGAAUUUCACUACC